UACUUUCACUUCACUUCGGGCGUUCUGACGUUUUAAAAUGCCUGAACCAGCCAAGUCCGCUCCGGCCCCGAAGAAGGGCUCCAAGAAGGCGGUGACCAAGGCGCAGAAGAAGGACGGCAAGAAGCGCAAACGCAGCCGCAAGGAGAGCUACUCGGUGUACGUGUACAAGGUGCUGAAGCAGGUGCACCCCGACACGGGCAUCUCGUCCAAGGCCAUGGGCAUCAUGAACUCGUUCGUCAACGACAUCUUCGAGCGCAUCGCGGGCGAGGCGUCCCGCCUGGCGCACUACAACAAGCGCUCGACCAUCACGUCCAGGGAGAUCCAGACGGCCGUGCGCCUGCUGCUGCCCGGGGAGCUGGCCAAGCACGCCGUGUCCGAGGGCACCAAGGCCGUCACCAAGUACACCAGCUCCAAGUGAACUUCCCAAGAGGAGCAGAUGGGUUUUAGACAUCUGUACCACCACCGGCCACGGCUAGACACCGUUCCAUCUCACUCGUAAAACAACAAGUGAUGCUAUAAGAAGAUUAAUGGAAAGAUUUUUAACAAUCACAGAAGGAUCUGUAAGAACCUGGCUAAAAUAUUAUUUUCUGAGUAUAAAAAUAUUAAAUGUUUAUUGUAGAAUUUUGUAAAAAGAGAAAUAUAUAAAGAAGAGAAUUAAAA